AUGCCUCCACCGGCCCUCCCCCAGCGCGUGAGGCGUCGAAGGAACCGCGGGCCGCGCCCUCCCUUGAUCGCGCCAGCUGCACCCCUGGUUCCUCCUCCCGGCCAUGUCCUGGUCACCAGGGCUGCACUAGAGGGGAUGCUGGCGAGCUUCGCUCUGGCGUUAACCGGCCUCCUAAAGCUCACACCGGAAGAGGCGGCGCUGCGAGUCACCGCGAAGGCGACGGUGGAGGAGUGUUUCCCCACCGUCGACACUCCGGUCUCGUCUCCCGCCACCCCGCUGCAAACUCCAGUUGUUGCGCCUCCAACUGUGCGGACCACUGCCCGCGAGGACGCUCCACCUCCCGCGGCGGAGGACCGCAUGGAGGUUGACGCGCCCUCCCAGGCAGAAGUGGCACCUGCCGUCUCGGUGGCCCAGCCAGCGCAGGCGUCCCAGACCGCCAAGCCCCGCUCACACAUCCCAGUGCGGGCGGCUCCAACCCGCUCCCGCAUCCCGCAGCCCAAGGACAUGGUGACCCCGAAGCGCCGGGGGCCGACCCCCUCGCGCGCGGCGGCCCCUGUGAUCACCCCGGGGGCCUCCUCGGCGACCGACCGCUAA